UGAGGAUUUACCUCCUCAAUUUCAGUCAAAAAGUUUGAAAAAUAAAGAUGGAUUGGAGAAGAAAAGGCCGGUGAAUGAUGGAAAAACACGAAAUCGUUUACCCAAAAGUGUCAUUCUACCAGAGAGUAGAUAUCCGGAUCGUAAAUUCUGGAAACAUCCUGAUGUUGUGUAUAUUUCGAGUAGGUGGUCAUGUUACACUAAUCAUAGUGUCAUUGAACAAAUCAAACUAUCUUUAUCUGAUUAAUAACUUGAGAUGUUUAGGAAUACAUGUUUUGGGUACUUUCUUGACCUUCCAAAAUCAAGCACACAACUACAACUUAUUCAUUGUCUUAUAAAUAGAGAGUUAAAACACACACCGGAUGAUGUGUUUGCUAUUGAAAUAAAUAACAAAAAGUUAUUUUUUGGUCUUAGAGAAUUUGGGAUAGUUACAGGCUUAAAUUGUGUUGGUGAUGGCACAUCUAUCAAUGUUCCCAAUUCUAGAUGUAGUUUGAUGAGUAGUUAUUUUCCGGAAAAAAUCACAGUUCCAAAGAGUCAUCUACGUGCACUGUUUUUAGCUAAAAAAAUUCAUAGAUGAUGACUCGGCUGUUUCAUUGGCUGUUCUAUACUUCAUUAAUGAUUUUUUAUUUUCAUAUGAGGACAACGAAUACCAAAUUAGCAAUAGAGAUUUUUACCUUGUGGAAAGUGGAAAAUUCAAUUCAUAUCCGUGGGGUUUAGAUGUCUACAAAAAGUUGUCUGAUUCUGUGAGGCAUGAGCUUAAGUCAACACAUAAGUACUAUAGAAUUGGUGGCUUGCCUCUUGCUCUUCAAAUUUGGAUAUUUGAGUGUUGUUCAAAGGUUGAUGAAGAUAUAGCUAUUCGUGUUGCUGAUUCUAUUCCAAGAAUCUUGAAUUGGAAGACAAUUGCAGAAAGUCCAUGGUUAAAAUAUAUUGAGAAAUGUCUCUUCAUGCCUACAAAAAACAAGUUUGAGAACAUAGUGGCCAGUGAAGAUGAAGUAUCCAAAUUCAGGCUUCCUGAAACUCGUGAUUACCAUGCUGAAAUUUUGAAAUUGGAGCCUAAAGGAUCAAAUCAUGGUCUAGACAUUUUGACCAAUGAAGUCAUAGAAUUGAGAAAAGAGCUUGUAAAAGUGAAUGAAAAUAACAAAGCGCUUGAAGAGAAGAUUGAUUUAGGAUUCAAUCAAAUCAAAGAAUUUGUGGUGAACUCAAACAAACAAUUAUUGGAGGAUAUUUCUUUGCUGUUUGCUAAGAGUGGUGGUAGCAGCUCUGUUAUUCGAGAAGUUAAGGAACCAUCUAAGAAGCAUGCUGACGAGACAUUUUCAGGUGGAUUAGAUUUUAAUGGAGCAUUUUCUCCCCGUGUUAAUGCAUCUGUAAAUGAAUCGAGAGGGAACGAUGCUCAUGUUAUGGGAUCAAAUCAAAAUGAAGAAUCUCAAGUGCUUAAAGCUACAGUUAGAUUUGCUGAUGUUGAAAAUCUUGAAAGAGUAUCAAGUAAAAUAGAUGAAGAUGUUGCAGGAAUUGUUAUUGAAAAAGUUCUAUCAGAGGUUGUUGCUGAUAUAAAUGUCCAAGAGGCUGCUGAUGUGAAUACAGUUGGGGCGAAACCUGAUGAUGCAACAGAGGAUUGUCAAAAACCUUUGCAUACUUUAGAUGACUUUAUUUUACUUGAUAAAGAUCUUUCUCAGAUCAAUAGGACUGAAGAAUCUUAUCUAAAAAAAAGAGCCCAAGUUGAUCAAAACAAAAAGAAAGUGUCACCGAAGAAACGUGGCAGAAAGAAAAAUCCAGGAAAGUUAAUAACAUCUCCCUUCACACAACAUUUUGAAUCUGGAGGAACUUUAUGUGUUACACGUCAGGUUUUUGAGACAAAACAUCCUUUUUUAUAUGCAAGCGGAGGAGAUGAUGAAUCUGAUUUGAUCGAUUCAUUCACUAAGUGGCUUUAUAUGGGUACAAAAAAGAGGGGAAAGAAACCUUAUACAGAUGCUCUUAAUGUUAUCAAUCCAGCAUUUGAAUUGGGUGUCUGUACAGUAGAUGAAAGACUCUGGUUUUUCAAAUUGGCACAUUCUGGACAACAAUGGUGUGAUGAGCAUAUUGAUGUCAUUUUCUAUUACCUAAGAAAGAAAGGAAAAUAUGAUACCAACAGUAAUGUUCGUUUUACGACGACUGAUUGUGUUUUCAAGACAAAGAUUACCAAUUCUUUCUUUAAACUUUGUGAUGCUCAUGAGGAUAAGAAAAAUUUUAAAGUUUUAGAUUCUGAUGAUAUUGCCCGGUAUAUCAGUGGACGUCGUUUGUUGGCAAGUACCUCGUGGGAUAAAGUGGAUUUUGUUCUUAUUCCACUAAACAUUAAAGAGAAUCGUCACUGAAUUUUUGUGGUGUUUGAUAUUGGGCAAAGGUCAUUGGAGGUGUAUGAUUCAUUUCCGGCUAGGGGUGGGGUGAAUUUAGAGGUAAAAAAUAUUGUUGAGAUGCUUUCGGUUGUUUUACCAUAUUAUCUAAGUGUGGUUAAGUUCUAUGAUAAGCGUCCUGAAUUGAAGUCAACACCAAAAUACAGUGAGAUAAAUGAGUUCGAGAAAAUUGAGUUUCAUUUCAUAACUAAAGAUGUUCCCAGACAAAAUGAGGAUUCACUGGAUUGUGGAGUUUUCGUUGCUGCAUUUGCGGAGUUUGUAAGUAAUGGCCAACAUAUUCAAAAUCAACAAGUAAAGGCAGACAUUGUCCGAAAGAGAUUUGGAGCUAUAUUAUGGGAAUAUGCAAGAAGGAAGCAAGCGAGUGACCUUCAAAGUGAAGACGAAAGACCAGUUAGAUAAAGGAAUAUAGUUAUAUUAGUUAGUAUGACUAUGAAAACUAUAUAAUGUAAAACAAUUUGUAGUUACUAUGGCUAUGAAAAAUUGUAUUGGUCUAUUUUGUAAGUCUUGAUAUUAUAUACCUAACUGUGUUGUUUAUAUGUAAGUCUUCUAUUUGAAGUUGUUC